UAUGUACUGCUUGUUUCCUGCAGCAGAGGAGAAGGAGGUGGUAUCGAGAGACUGGCAAGAUCCAACAACAUCGCAACCUCAACCAACACCACUAUACAAUGAAAUUAUCAUCAAUAAUACCCGUUCCCGAACUGCACUACUUCACCCUCUUGCUGGUAACGGGUCUGUAUACUCCAGGACGAGGAGAGAUCACCAGUCUGGAUACUGGAAACAUCGAUGACAUCCUCAACAAUGCAGGGGUGGCUCUAGUCAACUUCUAUGCAGACUGGUGUCGUUUCAGUCAGAUGCUCCACCCCAUCUUUGAGGAGGCGUCCAAUAUAGCGCGGGAGGAAUUUCCAGACACUACACAGGUGGUGUUUGCCCGGGUGGACUGUGACCAGCACUCUGAUAUAGCCCAGCGCUACAGGAUAAGCAAAUACCCCACACUGAAGAUGUUCAGGAAUGGGAUGAUGAUGAAGCGAGAAUACAGAGGUCAAAGGUCAGUGACCGCCAUCGCUGAUUUCAUCCGCCAGCAGAAAGUGGAUCCAAUCAAAGCGAUAGAAAAUCUGGAAGAACUCAGCACUAUAGAUAGGACUAGACGCACCAUCAUUGGUUACUUUGAAAAAAGGGACUCUGACAAUUACCAUACUUAUGAGAAAGUGGCCAACAUCCUGAGAGAUGACUGUGUUUUCCUGGCAGCGUUUGGGGAAGUUUCUAAGCCUGAGCGGUUCAGUGGUGAUAAUAUUAUUUAUAGGCCAAUGGGAGAGAAUGCUCCUGACAUGGUCUACAUGGGUGCACUCACAAAUUUUGACCUCAGCUAUGCCUGGACGCAAGACAAGUGUGUGCCGUUAGUCCGAGAAAUCACAUUUGAAAAUGGAGAGGAACUGACGGAGGAGGGCAUCCCGUUCCUGAUCCUCUUCCAUCAGAAGGAUGACACAGACAGUCUGGAGAAAUUUCAGCAAGAAGUGGCUCGCCAGCUUAUCAGUGAAAAGGGUUCUAUCAAUUUUCUUCAUGCCGAUUGCGAGAAGUUCCGGCACCCUCUGCUGCACAUUCAGAAGACCCCCGCCGACUGCCCUGUAAUUGCCAUCGAUAGUUUCCGCCACAUGUAUGUCUUCCCAGAAUUCAGCGACAUCGCGGUUCCAGGAAAGCUGAGGCAGUUUGUAUUGGACCUGCACUCAGGAAAGUUGCACCGAGAGUUCCAUCACGGUCCAGACCCCACAGACAGCACUCCAGGACAGGAGGAGAAUAUAGAGGUGGCCAGUAAUCCCCCAGAGAGUUCCUUUCAGAAAUUGGCCCCCAGUGAGUCGCGCUACACCAUCCUCAGGGACGAGCUGUGAUGUCACCACCACAUCGAGAACCAACCCAGAACCCAGCAGUCAGCUGGUGCCUUCCUGGCCCUGCUGCUGCCUGCAUGAUGUCUAUUUUCAUAAUUUUUAUUUUAGAUAAAAAAAAAAGUGAGAAGGUGAACCCCUGUGCUUUUUUGGGGUGGGGAAUGAAGAG